ACUUUUUAGUACGAGCCUGUAUUUCACAAUCGCGCGAAACUUGUGUGGAGCUACUGUUAUCUCUUAAUAUCAUAAACGUUUUUAUUAGUUAAAAAUAAAUUAAAGUACAUAUUAAAAUGGAUGAAGUAAAAUCUAGCACUUCUUUGGAUCCUAAAUCCAAGUCAGGAGAAUCUGGAAAGUCGGGGGGAGCUGGAAAAUCGACUUCCUAUGAGAUGCCUUGGGUUGAAAAAUAUCGUCCAACAUCCCUCUCUGAUGUUGUUGGAAAUGAAGAGACUGUUUCUAGAUUAGAAGUUUUUGCCAGAGAAGGGAACGUUCCAAAUGUCAUUAUUGCUGGACCUCCUGGGACCGGUAAGACUACCAGUAUUUUGUGUUUAGCUAGGACUAUGCUGGGAUCAUCAUUCAAAGACGCUGUACUAGAAAUGAAUGCAUCAAAUGAAAGAGGAAUUGAUGUUGUGAGGAAUAAGAUCAAGAUGUUUGCACAGAAGAAAGUCACAUUACCCAAAGGAAGGCAUAAGAUCAUCAUACUAGAUGAAGCAGACAGUAUGACAAGUGCAGCUCAGCAAGCUAUGCGUAGAACAAUGGAGAUCUUCUCUAAGACAACACGAUUUGCUCUUGCUUGUAAUGCCUCAGAUAAGAUUAUAGAACCAAUUCAGUCAAGAUGCGCAGUACUGAGGUAUUCCCGACUUAGCGACUCACAAAUAUUAAAGCGAUUACUAGAGAUAUGUGCAGCUGAGAAUAUUGAUCAUUCUGAGGAUGGUUUAGAAGCUAUUAUCUACACAGCACAAGGUGAUAUGAGACAGGCUAUCAACAAUUUGCAGUCAACUUAUGCUGGCUUUGGCUCAAUCACUAGUGAAAAUGUCUUCAAGGUAUGUGAUGAGCCUCACCCUCAACUAAUCAAAUCAAUGUUAGAUCACUGCAUAGAAGGUGACAUUGAUAAAGCAUAUGAAAUCAUGCAUCAUAUGUCUCACAUGGGUUACUCUGCUGAUGAUAUCAUCACUAAUGUCUUCAGAUCAUGUAAGACGCAUCAGAUGGCGGAAUAUAUCAAAUUAGAGUUCAUUAAGGAAAUAGGAAUGACACACAUGAGGAUUGCAGAGGGAGUGAACUCCAUUCUUCAACUCUCUGGUCUCUUAGCAAGGCUGUGCCAGAAAACAGCCACCCCCUCUGAAAAAGCUUGAUCUCAUUCAGCACCAGUUACAGGAAAACAAGCUUCAAAUAAAGUCAUCAAAAUAGACUUAUGGAAGAAGAUAAAGGACUGUUACACAAAACUUAAAGACACAUAGGUUUCCCUUUUCAUCCAUUAUAAAGAGAAACUUCUUGUAUGAAAUGGCCAAGUAUUCGGAAAUAAAACAAAAAGCAGAAGGAAAAUGACUCAGAAAUGACUUUAAAAAGGGGUGGUAGCUCAUUAUGAAAUAAACUGUUCAAGCUCACUAAAUGUAUGAGGUGGUCAUAUAGUCAUAAGGGCUAUUCCAUGGUUACUCACGUUACAUUAGGAGACACCUUGACUCAUACUUGGAGCUGUAACUCCAUUAUUAUUGAUAGGAACUAAACAUCUCUUUAUCACAACAUAGUACGCAGUCUGACUAUCCUUUGUAUAAAAACAAAACUUGGGAAAUCUCAUUAUGCUCCUGGCAAAUCUUUGAAAUGUGUCGGUUACUCAUGUUACAUGAUUUGGACAUGCAUAAAAUGAAAAGUGGACAUAAGUGAAAAGUGUCCUCAUGCAAGGCUUUUAUGAAAGUUGAUUAUAUCCAUUUCCAAGAAGUAUAUUAGGGAGACAAAUUUGUAUAUAAUUCAAAAAAUAAAGAACACAUGGUUUUUACUAUAGGUGCAGAUAAAGUGGUUACUCACGUUACGGUUCAGAUGGGCUAUAUGUACAAAGACACAUUGAGCUCAUGUCCACCAACCUAUGGAAUUGCCCAUAUCAUUAUGUCAUUUGUCCGUAUGAUGAAAAAUUAUUUUGUACUAUCUCUUUGAGAAUCUAAUUGGUCCACAGUUUUUGUUUGUAAUCAGGUGACAUAAAAAGUCUCCAGCCUCUUUUACUUCAUAUCCCAAUGGCUUUACAGACAAACUGUUGAUGAGUUGUGUUGCAGCCUAUGUGAAUGAUGCAGUAUGGUUACAACAUGUCAAAGUUUAAAAUGUAAUGGACCAUGUGAAUCAAGAAAUAAUUUAUUUUUUUAAAUUUCUUUGACCGUUUCACAAAUCUUGUUAUAAAAAAAAGCUACUGUUAUAACAUGUUGAAUGAUGCUAUAUGAUUGGCUGAGAACCAUUUAUCAUUGACUUAAAGCAUUUGGUUUAUUGAUAAGAAGUUUUCAUGAAUUGGGCCUUUGUUCCUGUAAUGUAUUACCGGUAUGUUACAUUGGUAAGUUUGAAUUCUAAGCUUGAUGUUGAUGAUAAUAGUCAUUAUGACAUCAAUUUAUUUUGAUUCAUUACAGCCUUCAAAACUUUUCAAGUAACAUAGUCUAUUUUAUCCCUGGAUUUUAUCAUAGUCUGUUGGAAUACUUCAUGUUCACAUAAAUUUGAAUAGCUUAGCAAACCAUUUAAAUUAAAACAAAAUGGUUGUUUAUUGGUAUUUCAGAUUAUACAUAUAACAUUUAAUGUGAUUUCUGAGAAUCCAUUAAGUGUUGGACAUUUCCAAUGUGUCAUUCCUGUCAAAAUGAGUUUGCACUUGUGGUGUAGGUGUCAGAGAAUGGUGCACUAUGGGAAAUUCAUAAUUCUGAUAAUGGUGCAUUAUGGGAAAUUGAUAACACCAUGUAUGUUGCAUUUGAACCCUUUAUUAAAGAGUGAUGUAUCAAAUCUUCCAAUCUAUUCUUUAUAAUAGUAUAAUCCAUGAAUCUGUAUUUCUGCUUCAGGCUAGGUUCUUCUAAAGAUAAUAUGAAACAAAUAUUAACAAGUUUAGCUUUCUGCCCAUUACAAGGAGUUUGUUUCAUAAAGCUGUUCGGACGUUACGCAUGACUAUAUGAAAGACUGGUGACCCAAUCUAAAUGAUACGUCACUUUGUAGUUGACUUAGCACCUGAGAACAUGUUCCAGUUGUACUAGAGUGAAGGGCUUUAUCAAACACCGCCCAGUUAAUGUAUCAGGGUUUAGAAUAAAUAUAUGUGUGGGAAUACUAUAAUGAAAUGCCAAAUUGUAUUGAGUUCAUAGCAUGUCACUAUGGCCCGUAUUCUGAAGUCGGGUUUAACUUAAACUCAGGUUUAAAGUUGUGGUUUAAGUAUGGAUAGCCAAUUGUUACAUAAAUCACUAACAGUAGAGAUAUCAUAUUUCAGUUCAUUUGGCUCUCAAAUCACUGAUAAUUGUCUAGGAAGUAUAAAUAGAUGAUUGUCUUCACCAUUGAUUAAUCGGGGGAAAGAGCACAGUAAACAUACAACUUAAUAAAAACUUUGACACUUUUGGCUUCCCAUGAUUUUAGCACAGAGUUAAACCAUGGUCUGACUAAGUUAACCCCGACUUCAGAAUACGGGCCUAUGAUUAUUAUUAAUAAUAUGGACAUUUGUAAUGUGCCAGUAUCCAUCAUGAAAAGAUGCUCAUGGCACAGUAAAGAAAAGAAGUAUAAACUUAAGAGAGGGAAGAAUUAUAUUUACUUAAAUCUGUCAUGAAUAACCAGGUUUUAGAGCAUUUUUUGAAGGUGGUAGGACAAAAAAAAAUAUAUUGCGGAUGCCCAGCAUAUUGAAUUGAUCAUCCCCCCUGAAUUUUUAGAUUUAUCUUUGCUUUUGUCUGUAUGCAGUUUUGAAAUCUUAAAGCUUUGAAGUUCACCUCAAUUUCUACCCUCCUCAAAAUGAUAGAAAUCUGUCUACGUAAGGAAUGAAUAAGGGCACAAAUUUCGGACAUAUAUUUUGAAAAAUUCAAUAUAAUCUUUAUCAUUAUUCCAUUUACUGACAGACUCACAUGUAAUGUAAAUUUGUUUAAUCCUAAAUGCACAGAUGUCUACUAUUAGGAGCAUAUUGUUUUCUAAAACUUGUCAAUCUGUUUCAAAAGAAUACUAUGUUUUAAAGACAGCAUGUGUAAGAGCUGGCUAAAUAAUGUACCAUAUUACAAAGAUGUUUAAUAUGUAAACACAUCAAAACUGUACAUUGUUUGUAUUGUAUUUUGUAAAUAAAUGCUUAUACAAGAAGCAUA